AUGAUCGCUCGCUGUUUUUCAUUGCUCAUCAAUGGACGUAACGUGUUCACCAUUGAAUAUGACCGUGAAAGUAAACUGGAUACGGUACGGAAUGGUUUGGAUGAGGAGGUGCUGGGUAUUCAGUACAACGAUGCGGGCCAAAUCAUCGGGUUCAUCCCACUGCGCCAAAACGAUGCUCACUUAGCUGCAUUACAAAUUAUGUACGAUGCAUCCGGAAGGCAAAAUCAGAUUUCUUGGGCAAAUUCCUCGCUGAUUUUUGAAUAUGAUCGUUUGAAUCGUAUUGCUUCAGCUGCUGCGCUUGCUGCAGGGACUAGUUUUCUUCAGAGGAAAUUUACAUAUCAAAAGGAGAAUCAGUUGAUUCCGUCGCUGAUACAAAUGCCAUCUGGUGAGAAAUAUCGCUGGCGUACAGAUGCUUCUGGUGCUGUGACAUUCCUGAAAACUCCCGCUGGUGCAGUUCAACACCUCACGCAGUUCGCGCGAUUUGCUGAAAAAUUGUUAGAGUAUUUCUACGAAUAUGAUGAUUACUUUCGGCUAACAUCUUUGACGAUCAUUGAUAAUGCAGUACGAUUACCAGCACUGAAGUACCAGUACGAUUCACGAAGUGGUCAGCUAACAAAACUGGAUAAUUUCGUCUUUCUUCGUGAUUCCUUUACUCGGCGAAUUAUGGGCGAAACG